UCCGGGCAGCUUCAGCACCGAGUKGGUGUGGACAGCUCCUGCAGCGCUCGCAAAACAAAAUGUGGACCAGCAGCAGCAGCGCGCGGCAGGCUGCAGUUCCACCGUCCCGCCGCCAGGGCGCACCUGACGCUCCCAACACGAAUGCCCUCACAUCACAGCCGAAUGCGUCAACCGAACCACCACACGGCUACCAGCUAGAGGCGAUCUCACCAGCACAAACCCCGCCGCGUUUUACGGCCCUGAGCAACAGGACACACCGCCGACAUCAAAGAAAACAACAAGGAGGAGGAGAGAGAUAAAACACUGGGUUCAACCUGGAAGGCAGGUCGUUUAGUUUCACCCAGAAACAUGAGGGGGUUCACACACCUUGCUGUGAUGCUGUCUGUCACCACAAUGGUGUCAGGUAUGAGCUUCAUGGCUCCCAAGACUGAUACACCACCCACAGCAUCUCCAGACUCCUACCCACCAGGUGACCUGAUCCACGCAGCCCUGCAGAGCAAGGAGUAUUUAGGAACAGGCACCACCACCAAUCCAACGCAGGCCGUGCCCGGGCAUGGCCAGACUGAGUCAACAGCGACGGCAAUCUCACCGGGGCUUCUCACCACAGCUUUACACCCCUCAUCAGCUGCUGGCCUGUCAGGAUCCAGGAACCCCAUGUCCUUGUUGCCCCUAGAGGAGGAGACAACCACCACCCUGAUCACCACGACCACCAUAACCACCAUGCACACACCAG